CCCGAGUGUAGGCGAAAUAGAUCGAUUCGCGUCGAGUGGGUUGAGAAGGCAAGAAGAGGCAGACUGUCACCUCGACUAAAUGUAGCAUCUUUCUCGCCCCAAUUUCGAGAGAAAGAAUCAUUGGGCGAUCUCGGAUAAAAUGCCAUCGCUUUUAUUCUGUGGGCCCAAACUGGCCGCCUGUGGCAUCGUGUUGAGCAUAUGGGGAGUUGUUAUGCUGUCUAUGUUGGGGAUCUUCUUCAGUGCAAAAUCUGCUGUGCUGAUCGAAGAUGUUCCCUUCACAGAGGAAGACAUCCGUGAUGACAAGAAUCCACCGCAGACAAUUUAUGGACUCUACAACCAAGUUGGCAUCAACUGCUUCAUCGCUGCUGCCAUCUACGUAGGUGUCGGGGCGGUGUCUUUGUGUCAAGUUCGGCUUAACAAGCGCCAGGAGUACAUGGUCACAUAAACCUAGACAAUUUCAGCAUUACUAUAACUAUUCCUACUUUUGUGAAAUCUCAGAAAUCUAGGAAUUUUUUUGUUUGUUUGUUUUUUAAAUUGGUACAUGUGGCAGUUUACCUUUGGCUCACAAUUUUUUUCCCCAAAAUCUGUUUACCUAUACUGAAAAAGACAUUAAUAUUACAAUUAACAAAAGGUCCAAUUAUAAUGUAGAAGAUAUAGUAAAGAUGAGUAAUACAUGAUGUGUGCAUAAGUACUGUGUAUGCAUGUUAUAUGAAGCAAAUUAUUACUUAGUAUUUUCCUGUAAAAUUUGAGAACAUUGUAGUUUUCUCUGUACAUUCCCUGUCAAGUAAAACCGAACUGUAUAAAAGAAAUAAUGCCAUGAACCCAAAAUUUAGCAGGGUGCAGCAAAUGGUUGUCCCGUGAUAAAUAGCCUGAAAAUCACUGGAUGAUACUGUGUGUCCCUAUAAUAGUAACUGGUGUUCAUGUAGUAUCUAUGUGUGUAUGGUGAAUAUUUAUUUUUUACAUUUCAUUAUUUAAGUGUUUGUGUGGUAAAAGAUGAUAAUGUCUGUGAUUUGAUUUAAGUGUAACCUUCAACCCUUUUGCUGUAUACUUGAUAUGACCACUAAUGGAUGAACAAGAUAACAGAAAGUGAAUGGAGAAUCUAUCCUCCUUUGAAUAAAAUACUGUGAGAAAAAAAA